CUCUCGUCCUCAUUCAUUUCCGUGUCUUCCCACCCAUUUAUAUUCAUAUAUCCGAUGCUCUUCUUCUCCCUGUUUGGCGCAGCGAGGUUUCGCUGAUGUGCCGCCUACCUGCGUCGACCCUCCGAGCGUCCACUGCACGGGGAUCCUCGACAUGAGCAAUCUCGGUGGUCUAUCGCCCCUCGGGACUGUCACGGUUGGUGUAAUAGUCGGGUUGAUCUCGACCAGUCUCCAGGCCAUUGGACUUACACUCCAGCGCAAGUCGCAUAUCCUCGAAGACGAGAAGAACCCCUUCGAUCUCCGCAGACCUCCCUACAGGCGUCGAAGAUGGCAGCUGGGUAUGUUCAUGUUCGUCUUCGCAAACAUCAUCGGGAGUUCCAUUCAGAUCACAACUCUCCCGCUGCCUGUUCUGUCGACACUCCAGGCAUCUGGACUUGUUUUCAAUACCAUAUUUGCUACGUUGAUCCUUGGUGAGCCAUUCACCAGAUACUCCCUCAUCGGUACGGUUCUCGUGUGCAUGGGCGCCAUUUUGAUAGCAAUAUUUGGUGCGAUUGAGGAGCCAGCACAUAGUCUGCGCCAGCUGUUGGAUCUCUUGCAACGCCGGGCAUUCGUUCUCUGGAUGGUUGGGACCGCCGCCCUGGUACUUGUAAUCUUGCUCGGUUCGCGACUGCUUGAGUUGCUUUCCUCUCGUUCCAAAUCUUCAACCCAUCCACAGGUUUCUCAUUUUGAACUUCUGCCUAUACUUCAAAGUCGCCUGAAGCUCAUCUGUGGAAUGUCAUACGGCUUUGUGAGUGGGGUUUUAUCUGCUCAUUCGCUGCUGCUGGCCAAGUCAGCGGUUGAGUUGCUUGUUCGUACGGUCGUCGAUCGCACCAAUCAAUUCAACCGGUGGCAGUCAUGGGCGAUUCUCAUCAGCAUGAUUUUACUCGCUCUCAUCCAGCUGUUUUAUCUACAUCGUGGGUUGAAGUUGUGCAGCACUAGCAUUCUCUAUCCUUUUGUCUUCUGUAUCUACAAUAUCAUCGCUAUUUUGGACGGACUGAUCUACUUUCGUCAAGUGUCCCAGCUGAGCUCGUCGCGCGCUGUCCUGAUAGCGCUCGGUACCGUUGUACUCUUGAGUGGGGUUCUCUGUCUUUCGUGGAGACUAGAAGAUACUGAAAGCCAUGCAGUGGCCGGUUCAGGUCAGGCUGUCUUGGGACCGAAUAUGGGUUUCAUCGACGGGCAAUCCCAGUCUGCUGGAAAUGGCGACGAAGAAUCCCGUGCUGGUGAGCGCGAGCCACUGUUAAGCACGAUCGGCGCACGACCAGAGAAGCGUGCGCCCAAUCUCCCCUCUAUAGAUUCACCUUUUCCUUUUCACCAUCGCAGAACUUCUGCCUCGGACGUGGAUCCGGCUUACAUUUGGGCCGAACUCGACGAUUCGGACUAUGAGUUUGACCCCCUUCAUCAUACAGGCAGACCCCGGAGUAAGAGCGGCAGCUUCACACCUGCAGCCGCUAGGAGAAAUGGAGAUGACAUGAAUUCUUUAGUCCCAUCUAGCGGACGGUCACCGCUAAGCUCACACAGGCGGGCACGUGCGGCAAGCCAAACGUGGAAUCCGUCGGACUGGCGACGGAGCACGACCAGGCGAUCUCGGACAGCCCUUUUCGACAGAACGGACUCUGAGCGAGAACGGCCGACAGUGGUAGGGUAUGGUACUGUGGGCAGUUAUCUACGCAAUGGAUCCAAACGCGACCCUUCAGAGCACGCACUCUAUCGGCAGGAGCCAUCAUCGAGUUCCGGGUCUCGAUCCGAGUUGGCAUCGGGGUCGAUCUCGUCUCCUCUCCUCGCGGGUUCGAGGACGGGAGGGCGGGCCACUAUCACUGCCAUCUGGCAGACGGGCACCAUGUAUUUGCAACGCUGGACAGGGCAUGGUUAACCUGCAAUUCAAGGCAGCUAAGACCGGUUACGAAAUGAGGAAAUACACGGCAUUGCCAAGAAUUUUGAUAGUUAAGACUAAUUGAUUGGGUAGGCCCAUUCACUAUUGGGAAAAAGUAAAUAUUAUUAAGAAAUUG